CCUCUCCCAAGAUGGCGCCGGCCCCUCCCCUCGGCUCUCUCUUGGGAAAUCGAGCUGGGGCGGGAUGCCGCCGAGGCUCGUCCUCCUCGCCGCUUGGAGGCCGGCCGAGGGUGUUGUGUGUGAGAGAGCGUGUGUGUGUGAACGCGCACGAGCGGCGGGCGGGGCAGCGGCGGCGGCAGUAGCCCGACUAGCAACGGCGGCUGAAGGAAACCGAGGGAGAGCGAGAAGCAACAAGCUGCGGACCUGGGAAGCGGAGCGAAGGGAGGGCGCGCUUCGGUUUCUCAGUAAGCGGCGCGCUCGGGUCAGGGGGGCGCGGGGAGAGAGCAGCCCGCCGUCCCCCUUCGGGGCGAAGCCGAGAGCCGGCGGAGGUGGUGCGGAGGAAACUUUCUCCUCCCGGUCCCUGGCGGAUCCGCGGCCAUGUUGGGAUCCCGUCUGUUCUGGGGAGCGAGGACGGCGGCGGUGCGGGGAAGGGGGAAGAAGGAGGCGCCCCACAAAGACCCGGACGGCGUCCCUUGACUUAGGGGCGGCCCCGCGGAACCUCCCGCCGGAGGAAAGGCGGCUCCGGCUUUGCCCAUUGGGAGCCGGCGUCCCAGGCGCCGUCGGGGCCGUGUGUUUGGGCUUGCGGUGGGUUUCGGGCGCGCCCUGACUCCGUCGCGCACAGGCGGCGGCACACGACUUGGCACCGAUGGGGGACCCCUGCCUGGCAGCAGCAAAGGGCGGCUGCGUGAAAGGAGAGAGGAGGGGACGUGGCGGCCUCCCAGAGUCUUAAAAUUUAAACCGGUUCCCCUUUUAAGUGACACUUUCCGAAAGUAGUGGUAGCCGAAGCUCCUUUCUCCCUCAAACUCUGGCAAAAGUGAGAAGUGGCCGCCCCCCUUCGGCGUUCAGUGUGGGGCUGAGAUCAAGUGGCUGCAGCCUAAUUGGCACCCCGUGGAUGCCUGUGUGUGCAGGGGGGAGUGUGCGCACCUCCCACUCUUCAGCGUGCCAUUGAUUUGGGGUAAAAUGAGGCGUAUGUGGUCGCCCCACCUUCCUCUCCCUCAGUAAACAAAACGGAAAUCAUUUACUUCUCCAGAGAAAAAAGGCUUCCCGCUCAGUUCUUCUCUUUUAUUCUCGCACUGGAAUAAUAGUGUUUUGUUUUGUUUUUUUAAAAUACCCUAUUUAUGAGAUUUAUUUUUUAUUGGGUUGCGGGGGGUCUUUUUGCUUUUAAAGGCUGCCUGUCAAAAGUUGCGUGUGUUGCGUUUCCCCUCUUUCCCGGGCGAGUUUCGUGAUGGUGCGUGAUUGUUUUGCAUCAGAAGGCAGGGAACUUCCUGUGACUGUCAACAAGGGUUAGCAAAGCAAGUGGAUUCCGGUUGGAAGGAAGUUAGCUCUCCUAAGUUUUCUUCUGAUAGGCUGGGCUUGGCUGAGAUGUUGUUCAUGCCAGUGGUUUUUUGUUUUAAGUUUCUAAUGCCAUGGCAUCCUGGAGAGGGUGCCAACUUUCUGUUAGCUGCUACAGAAAUAAGAAGGGCUGGUUCUUUUUUUGUGUUACCUGUCUGCAUUUGGGAUUUCAUUUGCUUAUUUAUUUAGCAAACCCAUACCUGCUUUUCCCUUAAAAGAGCACUCAGUGCAGCUUGUGAAAAUUGCUAUUGACAACACAGACAAGUCUUAACACUUAAAAAUGAGGCAAACAGUUUUAUAGGUGUAAAGUCACACAGUGCUAAACAUGGCUUUUAAACAAUAAUGAUUGUGAUAAGUCUAUUGAAGUGGUAAGUCAAUUGAAGUGAUUAAAGCCUUUCUCCCCACAUUAUUCAGAUUUUAUAAAAAAAUGCUUUCUGUUAUCAGGUAAGAUAAAUAUGUUACCUGAAAAUAUUAUUUUUUUUCUGCUGUUGUAACUUAUAUUGGAAUAUAUUGGUCCAGUCAGCUACUGUUUCUUAUAUUGAUGGCCAUGAGACCUAACAGUUUCAAACUAGCCAGUACAUUUUCUUUUUCCAUAUUUACAUUCAGAUGACCUUGUUUUUUUAUUUGUGUAAAUAUUUUGCAGUGCAGUCUUACAGAUCAGCUGAUUAGAGAGGGUUAGGAAGGAGGGGAGGCACCUCCACUGGUGGAGAAGAACCUGGCUGAUAGAGGACUGUUGAGAUCCCUCCUAUGCAUGCAGAUAGCUCCAUGUGCAUAGAACUUCAGUUGGUGGUUCUUUUCUCUUUUUUUGCCAGUGGUGGUUCUUUUGCCAACAGUAGCUGGCAUUAAGCCCUAAAGUGGGAUGACCUGGGGCAGGGGUGGGAUGGGGCAGCCCUGGAUCUGAUAGAUUCAAUGUCCCUUUUUUCCAGGUCAGAAUGCUCCAUCCUCCCUGAAAUUGGCUUAACUAAUUCCUUCCAUGUAGGAAUAUAGAAGGGGGAAUUUAAAGAGAAAAGCUGUGUGAAGCAAAAGAAGCAGCAGCAAGUUCCUUUCACCUUUUGGACAGGCCAGCACAAACUGGCAGGGCUUCAGAAAUGAUAGUAGGUGCAGCACUCAGUGAUGUGGGGGCAGUGAUGUGCUUUAUUUUUCUGCAGAAAACUGUUUCAUCCAUUCUUCAGUAACAGUGACCGUCAGUGUCCCUUCCAGCUCUACAAUUCUAUGGUUCUAUGCAUUAGUUAGCUGUGACUUACGUAUAUUUCUCCAGGGUUGGUUUCAUAUAGCAUUGGGUGAUUGUCUUUUGGCCCCCUAGCAGUUGUGCAGUUUGGGUGCCGCAGGGUAUCAUAUUGUCCCUAGUGUCGUGUAACAUAUGUAUGAAGUCAUGGGAAUGGUUAUUAGGAGAUUUGGGGUGAGCUGUCAUCAGUAUGCUAAUGAUCCCCAGCUCUCUAACAUCUGAACCAGGAGAGGCCAUGUAAGCCCGGGAGUGGUGCCUGGACUUGGUGGUGAGCUGGAUGAAGGCCAACAAACUGACUGAAUCCUGGCAAGACAGAAGUGCUGUGGAUGGGUGAUUCCUGAAUCCAUAUAAUUUGUCUUCCCUAAAUGGAGUGGUUUUAUAGUAUGGGACUGUUACUGGAUGCAUCUUUGCUGCAAGAGGCCCAGGUGACCUAGGUGGCUAGGAGUUCCUUUCACCAGCUUCAGCCAUUCCUGAAUCAGGAUAGUCUGAGCACUGUCAUCCAUCUACGUGUAUCCUCCAGGUUGGAUUACUGCAAAGUACUGCAGGUGGGACUGUCCUUGAGGUUGAUCUGAAAGCUUCAACUAAUGCAAAAUAUGACAGCUACAGGGUAUCUCCACCAUGCUACACCACUGCUGAAUUAAUUGCAAUGACUGCCAGUUAGCUACUGGACUACUUUCAAGGUGUUGAUUUUGGUGUAUAAAGCUAUAUACCAUAUUGGCCUGAAUAUAAGCCUCACUUUUCCCCCAAAUUCCAACCGUGAAAAGUUAUAAAGUGUGGCUUAUAUUCCCAACCUUACGGUAUUGCAGCCAGGAGCGCAGGGCAAACAGCGCCAGGAGUGCGGCCUCUCCCCCAAGGCCGGGAAGGGAGAGAGCAAAGAAGGGGAAAGGCCGCUGGCAACACAGUGCGGUGUCCCCCCCCCCCAGUAUGUAGCCAGGAGCAGCGAGGAAUGGAGUGACUUAUAUUUGGGUAUUUUUUCUUUUUUUUCCUCCCUCCCUUCCAGUUUUAAAGGUGCGGCUUGGGACCAGGAUUGUCUCACUCCUUAUAUAGUCACUGUGCUCUUUUGUUGAGGGCCUCCUGCAAAUACCAUGUUAUCAGGAGGUCCAUUCCACACUGUAUAGGAAUUGGGCCUCUAGAACUGCGGCACCUGCCCCUUGGAAUGUCCUCCCAUUAAAUAAUAGGUGGCACUUUGGUUGGCUUUUUGGCACCUCCUGAAUUCCUUCCUCUUCCAACAAGCCUUUUAAGCAGGCCUUUCCCCCAGUCUGCAUCUGUAUUGGAAUUGUUUUUAGAUGUUUUUAUUGCUGGUGUACUUGCCGCUCUCAGCUCCUUUGGUAGGACAGGCAGGAUAUAAAUUUAAUACAGUAAAUACUUCUGUUCAUAGUUCAGCUGUGAAAUGCCAAAUGCUUGCCAAUGUAUCUGUGGAGGGAAAUAUAUCCAGUUCACUUCAUAACCUACCCAUAUAUUGGUAGGCUGCUGCCCAAAGAGGCUUUUUCGAUCCCUGUUUAACAAUGGAUGUGUUUUCUCUACUACCUAUGUAUCUUGAACAUAAUACAUUUGACAUUUCCUUUUCAGGAAAUGAAUGCUGGCAUGUACGGAGGUGUAACUGGCUUUCUCACCAGCUGAGAUCUUAGGCCAGUCCUGGUUAUUAAUUUUUCGUCCCAGCAUUCACAGUCAUGAGUUUUGAUCUUGUUCAUGUAGGUGGCCUUGAAUCUGUAGUGUAAGAUUCUUCAUCUGUGUUUUGAUAGGAGCUCUUGUCAUAUUUAUGUUUUCCUUAUUUCUAAAAAAGACUUAAGCGCAAAAUCAGUAUGUGAAGUACUUCAUAUUCCUCCCACAAAAGUUUCUUUGCUUGUUAGCCCACAAAAUCUUGGAAGGAUGUAGGUCAGCAUUUCCUAACCUAGUGCCCUCCAGUCGUUUUGGACUGUAAUCACCAUUAGCCUCAGCCAAUACAACUGUGGCAGCUGGACCUGAUGGAAGUUGUAGUCCAGAGCAUUUGGAGGGCACCAGGCAGGCAAGGCUGCUGUGACUACAUGUAGAAGUCUUGGUUCAGAUGAAGUUUUUGAACUCUUUUACGUAAGCCCCCCCCCCCAUAAGUUUUUCGCUUAUAAAACAAAAAAGGGGAAAGUCUUAUGUAAAAGAUGAAAAGCCACAACUAAGAGUGUUCAUACAAUAUACAAAAAGCAAGAAAAUUAGAGAAAGGAGGCAUGAAAUAGUAAAAGCAUGUCCUAUAAAUGUUGUCUUGCCAGAUCUAGUGACAAACAAGCCAAUGGUUGCAGUCUUUACACAGCCACACAGGAAGCAUAGAGGGAGUGGAUGAUUUUAAGGCUCAUGCAUUCCAGUUGGGCAUAUGUUAACAAUAGAACUAAAGAUUUGUUCUUGAAUUGUCACAAACCUGAAAUGAUGUCUUGAAUUCCAUGAGAGCAUGCAUUAGUUGGUUAAUCUUCCUGGAGGAAUACAGGAAGGAAUUUUUAUACUUGCAUUUGGACUUUUGUGUUAGCUGUUUACUUGAACAUGUUUGUACACUUAUGAUUUGUUUGUUCUGGCAGCUAAAAUCCUGUUCGUAGAGAUAAAAAAAAUUAUGUGCUUCCUCCUAUUAUGUGAUUUUUUUAAAUUAUGCAAUGACUGCAGAAAUCACUGCACACAUUUACAAACCUGUUUGGGACUAUCAUAUAUUGGCUUAAUAAGCUGCAAACAUUUUGCCAAAGCAUACAACCCCUUCCAUUCUUCCUUCUCUGACUGCAGCAAUCAAACCUGGAAGUCUACAGUUAUCUGUAGUUUACCACAUAAUCAGAAAUGGAAAAUUAUGGUUACCUGGUUCAGAACAAGUUGGGAUCUCAAAUAAAUAUCUAACUUAUAUGUGAGCUAUUAACUUGUUCUGAACGUGGUGGGCAUACUUUCCCAGUUAAUUAUUAAUUUGAGACUUAAUUUCUAUGAGGAGGGAAGGGGCUGCAUGUGAAGGUUAAAAGGCUUGAACAUAUUUGUUAAUUAAGCAGAGAUAUAAUAAUCUGAAUAUGACCAAUUGUCAGGAGAAGUUUUUAAAAGACAAAACAGAGCCAACAUCGCUCUGAUUUAUCUGAAACAAACCCGUGUUGUUAAAAUGGGUCCUGUGCUGCCAUAAGAUUCCAGAAAUACAUUUUUGUAUGUAAUGAACUUGUUGAGAAGUGAAAGAGCUUUGUUAGGGCCGUUAACAUCAGAGCUGAAAAAGCAAAAUUUGUUGCGGCCGCCGCAUCAAAGAUUUGGGGGCCCCAGCCCUAAGAGCACCAAAUUUAGUUUCAUUGGGGAGCAAAGACUUGCCUUUUUAAGGACAUAAAGAGUCUGCUGAAUCAGGCCACUGGCCCAUCCUGUUCUAGACCAGCAUCCUGUUCUCACAGUGAGCGACCAAAUGCCUGGGGAAAACCAGCAAGCAGAACAUGAGCACAAGAGCAGUCUCCCCUUCCCUCCUGCAGUUUCCAGCAACUGGUAUUCAGAAGCAUUACUACUACAACUGUGGAGGUAUUAUGUAGCCAUCACGGCUAAGUAACCAUUGGUAGCGCUUUCCUCCAUGAAUUUGUCUAUUAAUAAAACAGAUCCUCUUGCGUUUCUAAUAUAAACUGAAAAAUAAUGUUAAAAAGGGGGGGGUAGUCUUAUACACAGAGGCAAUCUCCCCCCAUUUUCUUAAUUUUGAGUUUCCCAAAAUAGGGAGCGUCUUAUACAUGGGGGCGUGUUAUACACGGAAAAAUACGGUACAUUUUCAUUUUAGACAGUGACCCACAGGCUCAGAGGGGUUGGUUAAGCCUUUAAGGCAGCAAAAAGAAAACACAUCUCUUCCCAAUACUAGGUGACAUCCAUUAAUGGCUGAUGCCUCUUAUGUCUGGUAGGGUGGAAGGCAGAGAGCCCAAACAGGAGCUGGAGUCAAUGACAGGCAGAGCCAGCUGUUCGAGUUUUGUCCCCAACCUCUUCCCUGUUGAGUUCUACAAAGGCAUCAGCUAAAGGCAAGGAAGCUGAAAGGCAGUGCCGUCCCCUGUGCUGGUUGUAAGUAGCAAAGCGCAGACAGGGCGAGGGCAGGCUGAGGUUAGUGGGCCAGAGCCCCAUUUGCCCUGAUAUACCAGCCUCCACUCUGACAUCCACUUGUGUCUUGUCUGUGAGCUGAACAGACACCUCCCUCGCCUCCCUCCUGCAACUCCCACAUGCGCCCACAAAACUUCACUAGAGGGUGGACCCUGCCAGAGGGGAGGAAUGAACUACAAAGGGAGAAGAGGAAGGGGAAGUUUCAUUACACGAGUAGCAGUCGCUCACACAGCAUUGCAUUUUGCCAACUGUGUAAGUUGUUUUAAUGUUGAUAAUUUCUAAAGUGAUACGGCUUGCCUUUCGGUUCCCUUUGGCUACUAUGUAAAGUAAAUAUUAUUAAGAAAAGUGGCUACAUUCCAAAUACUGACUAAAACCCUGACUUUCUAAAUAUGUUUGGCAAGAUAAGCUUCUGUGUUCUUGCCUCGAACCUCAGAUUAAGAAUUUCAUCAGUAUUCAUUGACUACAUUCCAGAAGCUUUCAGUAGACUCAUUCCAUUAAGUUUAUUUGGUUGCUGUGAGGAUUAAAGCAUGCUUGCCACAUUUGUGUGUGCUUUUUCUGCACCUGAUUUAGCACUAUGGGAAAAUGGAGACUAGAAGCCAAAACUUACAAAAUUAUCAAGGCUUUUGAGAGCAUGCUGCCACUUUCUUUAUAACUAGAUACCUCCUUUCCUGAUUUAGUAAUAUACUUCAAAGAGGAAUGAAAGCUGUUAGAUCAUGCAACAAUUUCUGUUAUAUUAGUUAUUCAAGUGGCAGCUUAAAAGGUAUUUCCAGUGGCACAUUUUUCUUUUUAAAAUGUGGUGUUAGUUUCUCACGGUGGUAGUGUAGGGAAAAUUAGGAAGUUAUUUUACUGGAUGUAAAUAAGAAGAUAAUGAAUUCAAAAACAUUUAUUGAUUGCACAUGCUACUUUGCAUGUGCAAUCAAUAAAUGUUAUCAAAUUCAUUUUCUUGUUAUUUACCUCCAGUAAGGGAACCUCCUAUUCUCUGCCAUUUAAUUAAUGGACACCUCCAUGGGUAGGGCUCAUAUUUGGAUAGAAAGAAGGCAAUAAAUUACUUAUUAGUAAAAAUACAACAAAAACUUUUUGCUUGUAGAUUUGCGGUAGAGGACUAUGAGUCACCUUUUUCUGUCUCUCUUGCCUAUGCAAUUAAGAGUGAAACACAUUUUCUGAAGCGAUUCCUGGUUCCAUAGAGAAAUUUGCACUUGGUGUUGGAGACACAGGUAUUUAAAAUAUGGAGAAUGCUGACUUGCAUUUUGAGUUAUGGACCGUGUGCAGAAGUAUGCUGCAAAAAUUUUUUAGCCCAUAGGGCACUGGCAAAGAGAAGGCAAGAACUCUGUGCUGGGUGCAGCUGAGGGGGCUUCUCUCCUGUAACAGCCUGCUUGCUUUCUCUGCUGGGUGCAGAGAUGGAGCAAAGUACUCCAUCCACCUGGGCUGCUUACUCAAUACUCACAUGCAAUCUGUUGUUGCCUAUGGCCACAAGGCUGAAAAUAGGAGCCAUACUGCACCUAUUUUUAAUAAGCAUUUCUCUAUAUUCAGUUGCUACUGGCAUCAUUUUCCAAAGGAUUAAAUUCUUUGAUGUAGUUUUACCUAUUUCUUUCACUUUCUUUUGUUGCACAUUUGUCUUUUGCAGCUUAGGACUUCCUUGCUGACAGUGGCUGCUUCAGAUUUCAUCUCCUUUCCGUAUAACCUCUCAGACUGAUAAUUGUUAAUGAGUACACUCCCGAUUUAAUGCUCCAGAGUAACACAGAGUGGCUUAACCUUCUUAUCUAUUUUGAGUUGCCUAGAGAUUCAUGAAUCAGUCGCUGGCUAGCUAAUCUUCUGAAUGCAUGCACUUUUGUGAUGAUUAGUAAUCCAAAUUUAAGUUUAGAUCAUGGCCAGUUCAGUUAGCUGUGUCUCUUAUACAAACAAGGUGUGCUCUUGAAGUGGUCAUUGAACAAUAACAAAGCACCCUGAGUCAGGCUGUAGUAUCUACUUAUCAAAGGAGGAAGAGUGACAUUGUCAUUCCUAGUGGGCUGCAACUGUUGUGAGAUGCGGCAUAAUUUAGAUAGGUUUAGUUUACUUUGGUCCUGUUGGGCAGAGGAUAUUGUGUGUUGAAACCUUGCUAAUUAAUUGCAGCUGUGUCUGGCGGGAAAGUUUGGACUUAAUUUAAACGUAAAGCAAGAAAAGUUUGGUCUUUCUUAUUUUCUUUAGGAAUAAGGAUAGCGUAAUCUAGAGAAAAUUAUUUGGUAUCCUGUGGAUAUUUAUACAAAAACAUCUCAACUCCUCCUCCCAGUUUAGCUUGUUCUACCUUUUGUGCCCCCCAACUCCACCAAUCCAGACCCAUCUGUGUUGCUUGUGUAUAGUAUGCCGCUGGUCUUUGGGCUAGGGUAUUCCUCUGAAAUGGACAUUGCAUGAAAGAAAGCACAAGAAACAGUGGUGCCUUCCUAAAACUAACAAUAAACCAACAUUAGGAUAAAGCAGCAACUCCUUUUUGCAAAGAACCGGACCUUUAUCUUUAUCCAAGAGUCCUCUGGAGGUUUCUUCAUUGGAAGUGGCUGCAGUGAUUGUAAAAUGCCAAACCUCAGCUGCACUGAGGCAGGAUUCAUCUCCUUAAGGAUCUUUUUGUACUAAAUGUCUCCUUGGCAGGACGAUUGAUUCCACACUUGGAGACACUAGUUUCGUAAUCAAGGUAAACACAAUAUGCAGUAAACAGCUUUAUACUUUCCUGAUACUCUUUUGAUUCAGAGGAUCACCAUGCCAGUUCAAAAUCUUCCCCUCUUUUAUGUUAUGGAUAUUGUUUUGAAGUAGCAUGAUUUGUUUUAUAUAAAGCCAAGAAACCAGUGUAAUUCUAUUGGUCCGAUGUCAAGCAGAUCUUUAAUUAAUAACAUAGUCAUUUUAAAAGACACUUAAAUCCUUGAUGUGUGUCUGUGUUCUGCAUCUGUCCAAUAACUCAUGCUGCCUGUAUUAUGCAUUUUCAGUUGCUCAUUGUUUUUAUAUUCAUAGAGAGAACUCCCUCUUUUUAAAGUGUUGGUGAGCUGUCUAACACCUUUCACAGACAGGGCACAACUUUAAGAAAAUUGUGCAACCAGUUUUAACUAGCUUUGCAAACAGAGUGUUUGGAACAUCCUAGGGUUUGUGUAAGUAUGGUUAGUGCUGGUUCAGAUGUAAGGAAACCAGGGUUAUCUGGGGCAAACAGACUGAUGAUUUGGCAACACUCUUCUGAUAUACUGACUUUGGAAGCAGUAUGCAUGCACCUGAUUAUUAGAUUCACCUUGCAUCUCUAAAGUUUUCCAUGAAGCACAGUGAAAGAUGCAGUGUCAACUGUGAGAAGUAAUGGGUGAGGGUUGUGGGACAGAACUGAAACACUUUACAGUAAAUGCUUUACUAUGCGGUGGGAUCACCGAGUAAAAGCGAAUAGUGUAACAGUUGGAUAAAUUUAGCAAUAUAGUGAAUCUAACUCGAGUUCUUGUGGUUAAAUACGUGGACUUCCUCCACAUCAUCAAAAUUGUUCAGUGUGCUGCAUUUGUAGCUUGAAUUCUGUUCUUCAUGGUACAGUUAGUUCACUUCCAGAACAUUUUAACUAGUUAUUUACAUUUUCUUUUUUUCAUUUAUUUGGGUGGUUUAUAUUCCAACCUCCGGUUUUAGUUUACAAAAAGUGAAAAUUACAACAAAACAUAUUGGAGCAAAAGCAUUAGAUGCCAUGUCAAUUUGAAUUUUUUUCAAAUCCAAAUAACAAAUGUUUGGGUGAUGCCACUAUUUAUUUUCAUAUGUGCAUUAAGCUUGCUGCAUGCUUUACCAGUUAAUUUAUUUGUAUGGGAAGUAUGAUCUAACCUUAUUCUGAGGGAUGUAUAAUUAUUGGGUCAGACAGAGAAAAUACGUGGGAUGCCUAUCCAGGCUCUCAGCAUUGAGAGUAACCGAUAUAUCCUGUCAUGGAUGGAUUGGUUGGUCCAGUAGGAUAAGAAUUUACACUAGAAUGACCAUCUUCUAUGUUUUCAAAGACUACCCUGUUUCUCCAGACACUAGUCUGGUGAGGACUAAAUCAUUUCAGUUGACCUAGUGAGUUGUUGGACUGUAUGUAUGUCAUUUGGCAGUGUAUGUCAUUUGGCAGUAAAGUAGUUAGAGGUACAGAAAAUGGGCUGUGAUGGCAUUGAUUGGAUGGGGUGCAUAACUGAUGAAUGUGCUUUCCUGAAAGAUCCUCUUAAGGAGACGUUUAGUAAUGGGCUUGCCAUUCCAGAAUGCAAACAAUGUACAGUAAAAUUGAUAUAUUGAUAUGAAAUUCACAUGUAGUCUCAUUGCUCUGCAUGUGAAACAGUAAAAUGUCUUGCUGUACUUUGUUUUUAAAACAUGGUAUGGCAACUGGGGGCAAAAUACAAUUGCUUCAUGUCCCGAUCUAGUUAGCAUCAUGCCUCGGCUCUGCAGCAUACGGAAUAAUUUUAUGUUUAAAUCAUCAUUGGGUAAAAUUAUUUAAGAAAAGGCUGUCUCUUGCACGGAAGAUUAAGUCAGCUGAGAAUCAUGAGCUUGUUAUAGCAUAGUGUUUGUACUGUUGCAAAGUCUUCAAUGAAUAGCAAUCUUCUUGUGGGUAAUGCUGAGGGAAUCUUCCCAGGAAAUCCCGCGGGUCCUACGACAGCAAUAGCAGAUUAUGUAAAGCUGGUUAUUGUCGAAGACCUAACUGAUGUAACAUAAAAACAUAAGAGUCAUGCUGGAUCAGACCAAAGGCUUUGCUUUCCACCACCAAGUCAGGUGCAUUUAGCAGGGAUGACUUUUCCUGGGCAGCUCAAUGAUUGUUGAACUCUCUUCCAAAGAAGGCUAGACUGGCCCUGCCUCUACCAACCUUUAGGUGGGAGGUUGAGAAAUUUUUGUUGCACCAGGCUUUUAAAUGUGUUAAUUUAUCUAGUUUAAUGUGCUUUUUAUUUGCAUUGAUGUUUUGUUAUAAACUGCCUUUCUUUUUAAGGAUGAAAGGUAGUAUAAAAUGUUUUAUGAAAUAAAAUAGCCCACAGAAAGAAUUCUAAAUUUAUAAUUUAGCAUAGAUUAUUCCUUUCCAUUAUUCCAUAAGGGACGCGGGUGGCGCUGUGGGUUAAACCACAGAGCCUAGGGCUUGCCGAUCAGAAGGUCGGCGGUUCGAAUCCCCAAGAUGGGGUGAGCUCCCGUUGCUCGAUCCCUGCUCCUGCCAACCUAGCAGUUCGAAAGCAUGAAGUGCAAGUAGAUAAAUAGGUACUGCUCCGGCAGGAAGGUAAAUGGCGUUUCUGUGUGCUGCUCUGGUUCGCCAGAAGCGGCUUAGUUAUGCUGGCCACAUAACCCAGAAGCUGUACGCCGGCUCCCUCGGCCAGUAAAGCGAGAUGAGCGCCGCCACCCCAGUCGUCUGCGACUGGACCUAACAGUCAGGGGCCCCUUUACCUUUAUUCCAUAAGGUUAGAGGGCACAUCUUGAGAUAUUUAGUCUAACAGAGUUUCUGACAGAUUCACAUCUACUUUUAAUUUAAUUUAUUAUACUGUUCCAUCUUUCCAAGACCUCAAGGCAGUAUGUAUAGUUCAUUCUCCUUCUCUCCCCCCUGCCCCCUCACAAUAACCUUGGCAGGUAGGCUAGGCUGAGAGGAAGUGGGAGGACCAAGGUCACUUGCUGAACUUCAUGGCUGAGCAAGCAUUUUUACUGAUUCCUGUAGCUUCAUGGGACUACAUAGUCACAUUUUGUGGAAAUGGAAUUAAUAUAAUUAUAACUUAGUAUUAAAGUAACAUGCAGUCUAGCCAUAUACAGAUGCAUGCACAAAUUGUGCUUUUUAAUUAUUUAAAAGAGGCAGACUUGACUGCCAUAGCUGAUAGUGGAAGUCCACCUCAAGGGCUGAUUUUAUGCACUUAUUUGGCUAUGUAUAUUUCUUUAGGAAGUGAUACUUGGAUUCAGGUCACUGUUCCUGUUUUGUUUUCCCAUUUCUUAUUCCCGCAACAAGUAAGUGUAAAAGUUUUAAUUUCUGACAUGAAGUUUGAUUCUGUAGCCCUGAUGGCUAAAUUCAGUGACUCUAUUAACUAAGUCCUUUUAAAUGUGAAUGAUAGUGAAUCUGAUCCAGCACUGUCAAGUAACAUUUUAAAAGCCAAUUUGUGACAUUUGUUUGCUGUAAUAAGCCUUCUUUAUAACACUGGUGUAUCUUAGAACAAGAUUUGCAUGAUAAGUUGAGCAUUGAUAUAAGAACACAAGGUAAAUUUCCAGACUCUCCGUAAAUGUUCAUGAAUUAUGAUUGCAGAGUGAAGGAAUGCGACUAGAUACAUUGAUUGUACUUUCAUUGACAGGCCCAGGCACCUUUCAAGGAAUUCAUUGUAAACUUCUUUGGAGUCCAUUUGAAGAAAUGGUUGGAAUCCAAGACACACAUAUAAAUGGACUUCAGAAGAGCUCAUUGUAACUGCCAAUCAGCUGAUUGGCAGUUACAGCAACUCUUUUUGACAGGUGGGCAUAAUUAUGAUGUUAAGUGAUUGACAGGUGGCAGCCUUGCCUGCUGUCAAAGUUGACCUAUGGAGAGUGGAGGAACUCACGAUCCAGACUUCCAGCCACUUCCAGCUCCCUACCAUGGUGCUAACUGUCAUUUUAGUGCAAUGGGAACAUGCUGCAGCAAGCCCUGUGCUUGUGCACUCUCCUCCACUUCUCCUGCAUAUUGACUAGGUCAGGCUUCCUCAAACUCGGCUCUCUGUUUUUGGCCUACAACUCCCAUGAUCCCUAGCUAGCAGGACCAGUGGGCAGGGAUGAUGGGAAUUGUAGUCUCAAAACAUCUGGAGGGCCAAGUUUGAGGAAUCCUGGACUAGGUACUAACCUGCUAAAGAAUGGAUUAGGCAUGCCUCUUGUUUUCAUGUAGGUACUUAUUUUUAAUGUAUAGAUAUAGCUGUAUAGCAGAGAGUUUUGCCAUGAUAAUGGAUUUCACCCACACCUUAGGAGCUAUUUUUGGCAAGUUCAUAGUUAGAAACCUAGAAACUAGGGCCCUGGGCUGUCAUCUGUAUAUUUUAAAUGUAAUAGGACCAAGUAUACAAGGGACUUCACAUAUCUGCUCUGGAAGGAGAAUUUUCUGUAGCUUCUUUUUUUCCUUGAGCAAAGGUCGGUUUGGGUGCAUGCUUUUAAUUUUUAAAUGCAAGUUGGUUUAUUAUUGCCUAGGGAUAUUAGCUUAGCUCUGCGCAUGUGAAGAGGACUUGUUUGCAUUUGCUUUUUAAAAAACAGACAUUAGGUUAAACUGAAUUUACUUCAUUUGUGAAUCUGAACUAAUGCCAUGUCAUUAUAGAAUGCAGAACGAUAUGUCAAGGUGGCUGUGUGUGUGUGUGUGUGUGAGAGAGAGAGAGAGAGCGAGAGAGAGAGAGAGAGAGAGAGAAAGAGAGAGUUUGGCUGAUACCAGAAGCUGGAUACACACAGGCUAGCCUUGCUCUGUGCUGAACCCAAAGCUAUGACUUGGGGUUUCACUGGAAACCUAAAGGGGAAGCAAGAUCUGCUGGAGUGUUAAUGCUGUGAGCCUCCUUCAAAGAAAAACAAACAAACCCUGUGCUCAGGUUGUAUAUAUGUAUAUAUAAUACACAUCCUAAAAACACCACAGUCUCAAUUGACCCUCAUUCUAAGGAAGCCAAACCCUGGGUGAGCACUGGAACCCCUGGAGUCCCUUGCCACUCAGGGAUUGGGAUGUGCGUGCAACAGUAUUUAAAGUAGUGGCCUUCAGAAAGCUGGUGCUGCCUACUGCUGAAAAUAUCAUAAAGUUGUAAGGUGGCUAGAUUAGCACAACAAUAUUAGAAAUUUAAACUUGGAACAAUGUGGUGGUUUUCAUAGUUUCCAUUUGGCAUUCUGCCUUUCUAGUACAUUUCUAGGAAAAGGGUAUCAUGACAAAAGGUUAAAAGACUUUCCACUCAGUGUGCAGUGCUGAUGAGUUAACUUCCCUAAAAUGAGCAGUAUUGGCUCAUGGUUUGUUUUUUUGCUGUUUUUGUACACAGUAGCUUUCAUCCUCAAGCCAUCUCACCACAUAUCUCUAAACUGGGACUUAGAAAAACUAAUAAUUGGAUAUGACAAAGAUCAAAAGUUAUAGUUGUGGAAAGGCCACAAAGUUAAAACGAACAUAUGCAGGACAUGCAGCAAGAGACCACUCAGGUCAAUGGAAUAAAGCAGUGUUAUUAUGGAGAACCUACAAUUUUAAGAUGGUAUCUCUUGGAAGAAAUCUGAAGACAAUCAAGUUGCCUUGUAUUGCUCAAAUCCUGCAAAGUUUUAUAAAGCAGCCUAAUAGCCGCCCCUCCUUCCUUUUACUGUCUUGUUAUUCCUUGGUAGGAAAGCAAAAUAAGAGGAGAGGUACCGGCUCAUUCUGGUGUUUAGUCUUCUUGCUUAAGCUGUUGAUUAGUUGAAAAAUGCAAACCACAGCUGUGGAGGGUGUCAGAUAGCAACGGCCACUAUGGAAAUCUGGCCUCCUUUAAAGACAGGCAAGAGGGUGGCAAAAACUGGGAAGGAAGGGUUUUCCCACUCUUUUCCAGUGAUGCUCACCAAAUUCCCCCUGUCAUUUAAAAUAACUCUCUACGCUUGGGGGGGGGGGGGUUAGGGAAACGCUUAAUGGUUUGGUGUGGGACCUGCUGCUAGAGGAGAAGCUGACAGAAAAAUGCAUGCUGAUAACAUCUUGCUUGAUUUUCAGCAAUUGGCUGAAUAGCUGCAGCGACCUAACAUUAUUCCUUUUUGUUUUAGGAUACUAGUGAAAGAUGGUGGAUCGCUUGGCAAACAGUGAAGCAAAUACUAGGCGAAUAAGCAUCGUGGAAAACUGUUUUGGAGCCGCUGGUCAGCCUCUGACUAUUCCAGGCCGUGUCCUGAUUGGUGAAGGAGUACUAACGAAGCUGUGUCGGAAGAAACCAAAAGCGAGGCAGUUCUUCUUAUUCAAUGAUAUCCUUGUGUAUGGUAACAUUGUCAUCCAGAAGAAGAAAUAUAACAAACAGCACAUCAUUCCACUGGAAAACGUGACUAUUGAGUCCAUCCAGGAUGAGGGGGAUCUACGGAAUGGGUGGCUUAUCAAGACCCCGACUAAAUCUUUUGCAGUGUAUGCUGCUACUGCCACAGAGAAAUCUGAAUGGAUGAACCACAUAAAUAAAUGUGUUUCUGAUUUGCUUUCCAAAAGCGGGAAGACUCCCAGUAAUGAACACGCGGCUGUUUGGGUACCUGAUUCUGAAGCCACUGUAUGCAUGCGCUGCCAGAAAGCAAAAUUCACCCCCGUCAAUCGUCGACACCACUGCCGGAAAUGUGGAUUUGUUGUAUGUGGGCCCUGCUCUGAAAAGAGGUUUCUUAUUCCCAGUCAGUCCUCCAAGCCUGUGCGAAUCUGCGACUUCUGCUAUGACCUCCUUUCCACAGGAGAGAUGCCUACAUGUCAGCCUACGAGAUCGGACUCUUACAGUCACCCACCGAAGCUUCCUUUAAAUGAUAUGUCAGAUGAUGACGACGACGAUGACAGCAGUGACUAAGUAAUGAAAGCGAAUGUCUUAAUAUUACAAUUGGUAUUUGAACCUGAGUUGCUGGAUGAGGAAACCUCUAGUUGCAGACUCUUCCGAGAGGCCUGACCUAGCCAUAAAAUCUGCCUGAAAAACCUUCAGCUCAAAUGUGCCUCAGUAUCUGAAUCUCUUAGAUAUAUCAUUGCUCUCUUUUCUGCAGGGAUAGACUGUUGCAAAUAUAUCCUUUUUUCCUAGCUUUGUAUACUUGAUUUCCUAUUUAGGGGUGAGCUGAUGAUCAUCCUUUCCUUCCCCUUCUUUCCCAGCGGAAGAAUAGAGAAUGAACAGUUUUUGUUCUUUUCUUUUGCUACCAAGAAGCAUCCCACAGUGUGUUUGGCAGUGAUAUCCUACCACUUCUUAUUAAUAUUGGGGAGGGGGCAAUUAAACCAGCAUAAUGAAACUGGUAUUUUUGGUUAGCGGAUUGAAUAGAACAUCUAACCAGGCUUUGAAAUUGAUGCUGUGCUAUGACCCCUUUUAACAUAAAUGCAUUCUGUAACAUUAUUAACUUCUAAAACUUUAUGCAAGAAGUCAUAUACCAAGCAGUGCCUUUUAAUGACUGCACUGUUGCAGGAAGAAACUAAUCCAAUGUAUCCUCUGUUGUGCAACAAACUAAGAAAUAGUUGGUGCUAUUGACAAUAAUUGCUGUUGUGUAACUUGGAUCUGAGUAGUGAGGACUGUAUGUUACGGCAAUUUGAGUUGUGCCCCAGCCCCAGCCCCCAGUACCUCUAAUAGGAUGCAUGAGGGUAGAUUAAACAUUAUUGUGGAGUCUGAUGAAUUCAGCUUGAGCUCCCACACCAUGUAUACAACUACUCAACUUGGGGACCGCUAAUAAAUUAGAUAUUCUUCAAAUGGAUUUAAUAUCUUGCUAUUUUCAAAAUUGUGUGAGAUUUUUAAAUGUUUUUAGCUAUCAGGUAUUUAUAAUGGAGAACUGUAUUUUGUCUCAGAUCAUGGUAUUUGCUGUAAUGUUUUUGAUUUGAUAUUUAUAAAAUUAAUUCCUUAGAUCUUACGCUAACCAUUUUAAACUUUAGGAAUGGGUUUUUAAAAAAUAAUUAGAAUGUCUUUUAAAAGCACAACAUCAUGGGAAAACAUCCCAAUCAGCCACCCGAAGAGAACUUGCAAAAAAUAUCCAUCCUUUGUACACAGCUGACCUCGAGAUAGAAAAGAAAUGCAGAUGACUUCAUUUUAAAUCUAUAAAUCCAGGAAGCAGGGCAAUUAGGGCAAAAAGUGUUUCCAAUAGAGUAUUUUCUUUUUACCUUUAACAAUACUAUUUUCUAUGAUGGUGUCGUUUUUAGAGAAGUGUCAGAUUUAGCUCUGUGAAGUUUUGUAAAACCCCAAUACAUAUCUCUAUUUUUAUAUAACGGUAGCGUGUUUAAUCAGUUUAUGUAAAAGUCCCCUGAUGGAAUUGUGUUGGGAAUUCAGUAGCAUCUGAGAAUUUAUAAAAAGUGUUGAAUAUUGUUUGUACAAAAAAAAAAAAGUUAUAGUAUCUAGAAUUUCAUUUAUUAAGUGACAGUUUCUGCACUGUUUGCCUCAUCUGGCACUAACUGGGCUAUAUUUAUUGAAUAAACAAUCAAUUCUGCAUCUUGUUCUAGUCUCCUAAUCUGUAAUCUGGCCACUGUAGCACAGAAGUCAGUGUUGGAAAAAUGAGAUGGGAGUGCACUCCAUCAGGGCAGGAUGGUGAACUUGUGACCACCCAGUGUUCUACUCCAGCUCCCAUCUGUGAUUAUUGGCCCUGCAGUUGGGGGUUGAUGAAAGUACAGUAGGUUUCCCAUCCCAGCAUUAGCUGAUGUGGAGCAGCUACCAUUCACUUGGGGGUUGCUUGGGAAUUUGUUGGAGAAUGUGCAGCAGCAGUGCCUUCCUCGUUGGUUAUGCCAAUUUACAGCUAUGGUUUCCAUCUUAUAUACAGAUAACUGAAUAGUGCUAACAGGGAAGGAAGGAGCCAUGGCGUUAAUUCAGGUGGCAUCCCAGAAUAAGGCACAUAAUUACUGAGAACUUCUCUUAAGUAAUGCUCUCCAAACGUAGCCAAUUGUUCCUCGAAUUCCCAAGUUGUAAAGCAGUUCGGGGGAUUUGGGAAGAAGGCACUUGAAGGUUAAAAUGUUUUCAUUUUGUAAACCAUAGUUUAGUGUUACAAGUUUCAAUGAGCAUCAGCCUCUGCAUUCCCUCCUCCCCUCUCCUGCUUUGCCAGUUUCAGGCUAACCACAGUUUAGCACAAAAUGUGGUUAAACUUAACGAUGGUGUGUUAGAGCAAGCCAGCUUCAAGCCAUGAUCACUAUGGUCUGAAGAUGGCUUGUUUUUUAAAUAAUAAUAAUAAUAAUGAUUACCCAUGGUUGUUCUGGGUUGGGACAACACAGCAAAAUAUUAUUAAAAUAGAAAUGACAGUUUCUGAACUUCUCAGCAGUGCUGGAAGGUGGCUGGGAGAGCACACAAGCCCCAUGUUUGUUGAGGCUCAUGCUUGUAAUGCUAAAACAUGGUUUAGCAGUGUGUCCAAACGAGGCGUUUGACUUGCUGUUAAAGCUAUAGAUCAUUAAAACACUAUAAAUCAGAUGAGCAAUAACGUGCAGUUGAUGUCAGGAAAUGGAUGGCCCUGAAACGCUGAGACGUGAUCUCAAGGAAGGAAUCCUAUGUGCAUUUACUUGAGAGAAAGUUAUACUGAAAUCAGACUUUCUUCUAAGCAGACCUCUGUAGGAGCUUGCUGUAAAUGGAAUUCGUCUGUUUCUUCCACUGAAAGCAUAAUUUGAAGAUUGUUUCUUUUUCAUGGCACAGAUAGGAACUAUAAGGUACAUCUUGAUAUAGUUCAUCUUCAUUCUUACCCUACGUUGUGCAAAAGAUUUUGCAUAGUCAAUAUUGAAUGUCAUACAUGUAUUUACCCAAUUAUUUUUGAAUGUUGCACAAACGCUUCAGCACUUUCUACCUGCAAGAAAAUUUAUCCUCCCAUUUGGCAAUGUGUUCUGCCUACCUACCUUAACCCCAUCAUUAUCUGUGAAUGAAAUUCACAUUAUGCUGCAAUUGAUCCCUGAAGCUGUUACCAAAUUCACAUUGUAGGAGAAAAUAAUUGUAGGACUAGGAGUGUGAAAAUAGGUUGCCACUUUGUGGUUCCGUUCAGGAUGUUUAUUGUGUAAAAUAAACUUUUGUCUUGUGUGUUAGUCGAACUUUAAAAGGGCUUAAUAAAUGGUUUUGUAACUUUGUCAGUC